AUGGGGAUUUUCCGUUUUAUGAUUAUUGAAAUUCAUUGUGUUUGCCUAACUUUCCAGCCAUUUCCCUCGUCGACGUCAAACCAAGGGCCACAAGCGCGCUGGAGUACAACUCGCGGCGGUGUCUCGCACACAACUUUCCAACCCCAACCACCCCCGCAUACAGCAUCAACCGGCUCUCGACACACCUUCUCUAUGCAACACCUUCACCAUCACCAACAACAAAUCCCUCCAUCCAGCCUCAAUACCAAUACUACUCCAUACGAUCGCCGCAUAGUUUCCAUGGUACCACCUCCCCCUCCUCCACCACCCCUUCACGCCACUGUUCCAAUGCUCCCAAUUACGACCACUGCAAGCCAAGAGAGUGCCUUCACAAAUCUCCUCUAUGACAUGUCCUGCAAUGUGGUGCCUUCUCAACGACCGCCGACAGCAGCUGCUAAUCUCACUUCUGAAUUCUCGGGUCUCUCAUUAACUCCCCGGUCAGUGCCUAGGACGAAUCCUCAUACUGCUGCUGUUGCUGGAACUAUGCCUCGUCUCUCUUCUUCUUCCGUAGUGACAACUAAAUCGGACUUCUCCCAACCGCCGCCUCCACCAAAGGUGCCUGUAAAGAUGCUGCGAAAUGGAAAUGGGAAUGAAAAUGGGUUGACGACACUGAAUGCAUCGGCGGUAUUAUCUUCAUCUUCUCCUGACACAGAGAUAACUACCAACUCGCCGUCGGCGAACUCAGAGUCAUAUUCCGGAGAUACCGAACCGGAGGAGAGAGAACCGUCCUCGAAAGAGACAACUGCAUUGGGAGCUGUUAUGCCGCCGAUCGUAGCGAAUAAUGAUGCGUCCCUAUACGCCAAAGAGGAUAUUUUUGAACAGCACCCUUUUCGUCCUGCGGCUGUUAUGCCCGUGGACGAGUACACUUUCACCGUGCCUCGACAGCCGCCCCCCUCCCAUCUUCAACAACAACAACAGCAACAACAAGCCUUCUUUCAAGCGCAACAGCAGUUCCUUGCAGUAGAUCCUUCGGCAGCAUUUAAUGACAAUGCCAACAAUUGGGCGGGCUUCCAGCUUCAAUGGAAUUCACAAAUCCAGCCGUCGAUGCAGGAUACUGAAGGUGAUCAAGCGCCACCAACACCUCCACCCCGGCUUGCCUCGGCUAUGAACACAAUGCAUCUAACGAGAACGUCGAGGAAUGUUGCCGCGGAGAAUGCUACUUGGCAGAACUUCGAGGCUGCCCAAUCGCCUGGAUUUUUGGCUCGUAAUCAUCCAUUCAGACAACCAUUGAAACAGGCUUCUUACACAAAUCCCGCUUUGAACACCGUCAAUUGUGGUGAAGACGAUAUUCCAGAGGAUGCUGGCAUGACUCACACUUCUACUCGUUCUCUUCUUUCCGCCUCUUCGUCGGCCCAUGAGAAUUCUCUCGCGGCUGUCAUCGGUGCAUCAAACAUCCCCAUGACAUCAGCGACCACGGGUUCUUCCCACUCCACGGCAUCAGCUACUGCUGCCGGAGCAGCUCCUCUGCAUCCCCGCCGCUCCGCUUCCGGAGGAUUCAUCGGCCCAGCCGACGCUGAAGCUAUCUCACUCUCUUCCUCCUUGUCAGCAGCUGGAACUGCAUCCACAGCCGGUGGUUUCAGUGGUUUUAGGACAGUAGGAUCAGAUUCAAUACUACCUACCCCCGCUGCAGGGACAGCAGCUAAUUCAAGUAACUCUACUGCUAUUACCUGCUCAGGCAACACGCAUUUUGCUCUCAUUUCGGGUCCAUACUCCUGGCCAAAGAAUCUUUUGAGGCAAGGGCAGGAUUCGAGCACCCUGAUGAGUUGGACUAAGGCGGCAUUCUCGAAGAGACUGCUAGCCGCUACGGAUAAAAGUUUGCAGAAGCAUAUCCCCGAGAAUUUCAAGUUGAUUCAAUCCUUCAUGGGUGAUCGAAGUGCUAAGUUGAGUAAGCCCGAUCUCGCAUCGAUAAUCGUUCAAAGAGCCCUCACAACACCCGGAGUUCGUGAUGAGCUAUACGCCCAACUGUGUAAACAAACGACUGGCAACUAUAACGCUGACAGUUUGAUGCGUGGUUGGGAGUUAAUCUGCAUUUGUCUCUUCUACUUCCCUCCUAACAAAGUCUUCCGUGACCCCCUUCAUGCUUUUUUAACCACCCGUUCGGAAGCCCUGUCUGUUGCUACUUCUACAAGCGAUUCAUCAUCCUCUACGACCAAUAAUAAUCUGGGUACCACAAAUAGUACUUCCGCUGGCCCAUUGCGCCCUGGUCCAAGUCUCGCCGCUGCUGCAGCUCUUGCGGCAGGUAGCGACCCCGUCGGACUCGUAUCUGCGCCUAUAACACCUGCUUUUGGGGUUCCUCUGGCAACAGAUAGCGGUGGAUUAGACCCCGUGGCGUCGGAUUUGAGAGCUUCUUUGGCGAACAAUGUGGCGGAGAGUGUGAUUAGCUCGGGGGCACAAGGAAGUGAAUUUCCCUAUGGACCCUGGGUUAAACCCUCGGCACUACAUUUCACACGGGCUGCUCUGCGGUGGUUUAUGCGAUCUGUGGCUGUUGGAGCGGCAAGAAAUUCAUCAUCGUCGCCUACCAAAGAGGAACUUCUUCAUGUUAAGGACUUCCUGUUAAAACCGGGUGUUUUUGGAAGUAGUUUAGAGGAGAUGAUGAAAAUCCAAUUCUGUCGAUUUCCUUCCCUUCGUCUCCCUUGGAUCCAAGUCUUCCUAACUGAGGAGUUACUUCGUCUAAAUGGAGCCAAAGCGGAGGGCAUUUUCCGUUUACCCUACUGGAGUUCCGUCUGA